AUGGGGUCGGUAAAAAGUACACUAUCAAAUAUUCUAUACAUAUCUGAAAAGGUAACAUUAUGUGUGACGUGUACAGCUUUAAUAGCCUGUUUGAUGAUCAUGUUUAGUGUAACUUUGGGAAUGGGCGUCGGUCUCGGAUACAACUACUGCUUCGUGGAUCUGAAGACGAAAGUCAAAUAUGUACCAACGCAUUAUAAGUACAGAGGAAGUCCUCGGUUAUCUUACGUAAGAGAAGAAGAACCAGGUCCCACGACACAAGAUGUAAAAGAUGCAGAAAAAUCUCAAAUUAUACCAAAACUGGAAAAAACGGAGAGCCCAACUGUCCUUAAUCAGUCGGUAGUACUGCUGGGCAAUAAUACGACUCCAUUUGUUGUAUAUAAUAUUUCGAUACCUUAUCAUAACGAUGAUGAUGACUUCACAGUUGCUCCGUCAAACACAAUUUCCUUUGCUAACACCUCACGCUAUCAGACAGCGGAAGCUGACGAAACUACAACUGAGGAACCUACAACUGAGGAACCUACAACUGAGGAACCUACAACUGAUGAACCUACAAUUGAGGAUCCCACACCUGACGUACUUGCUGAGGGUGCCGAUGAUGAUAGUGAGACUACUGUUUAUAGUUCAGAAGACGGUAUUAACGAACUUGAUGAGCCUACCCCAGAGGCUCCGAUUAACAGUAAUGAUCCCAACAAUAGGAGAGUAAGGAGACUUGUUAUACCAAUCAGUAGUUUGGACUUGGAUAGUCUUCUAUCCAAACUAAAGGCCGAAAACAAAAAAUAUUCAUUCCGGAUUAUUGCGACCUGA